CAACAAAAUGACAGGAGUAGCGAUUGACGCAUUCAACAUUUUGGCCAUGAAAAUGUGAAUUAAGUCAAAUCAUAUUUAAUGAUCUCGUCUCUUAUUAUUAAGUUAAUAUUCUAAACUUCUAAAUUUAAUAAGUGUAAAGGCCUUUUUUAGAAAUGGAUAAAUCUUAAAAAAAAAACACCAGAAGAGGUAACAUUCUAUGAAUUUGUAUUUGCAGUCCAGAAUAAUUCACAUACCCUUCUGCUGUGCUGAGCAUGUUUGUGGCAAUGGAUCAGAGAGCAGCACAAGAUGCAGAGGAAUUUUUUACUUCGGGAAGAACUGGUCGUAGAAAUGCCAUGGCUGAUAUAUUAGGUAUUCAUGCAACAACAACUACUGCUGAUAUGCCUGAAAGACUGCAAGCUUUAACAACCAAAAGUACAUCAGAGACAAGUGAAGAUAAUGUCUCUAUGGAAACAAAUACUUCAUCUAGUCAAAUUGCAGCAAACUCUGCAACUACAUUAGGAUCCAACCAACAAAAUGUUUCAGACGAAACAAUGUUAAAAGAAACUGCUUCAGAUUCGAAAGAUACGUCUGGAAAUAUAUUAACAAAAAAUUGAAAUUUAUUAAAAUUUGGCUUUAAACAAAUCAUGACCUAAUAGACCUACUGUGUUUUAUCAUUUAUGUACAAACUUGUAUUACUCAGUGUAUUAUAAAAACUAUUUCUGUAAUAAUAGAAAAUUAUCAAUAUUGAACUAUAUGAAAAAGAA